AUGUUUGGCUUCGGCGCAUUCAGGGCGACGAGUGCGCUCUCGUCGGGUCUCUUAUGGAAGACCCCAUGGCGCCUGUCAAAGUUCCAGAAGCUGAGGCAACGAAGAAGACUGCGGGCCGUCGACUCGGUGAUUGCGACCCUGGACGCUGCGCUGGCCAAGAAGGGCGAGUCGGUCAAGAGCAUUGAAACGUGGAAGCAGGAGAUGCCGACCGAGGCCGAGAUGCUGCCCCGAGACAAGUACACCAUGUUUGACCGCAAGGAGAAGAGAUACAGGAAGGGAAUUCAUAGUGAGUUUUGGAGCUUUCAUAUUGCCAUUCUUGCCAGGGCGUGCAAAUGGCCAAGAUCAAACCUUGGAAAGGAUGCAUACCGACGAGCGAGGAACGCGUACAACUUGUUUUUGGACCGUUGGCUGACCUGGAGAAAAACAGAGCUACCAAAGUGGACGAGAGUAUCACAGAGAGUCAACCCUCCGGGUUACUAA